UUCGCGUUUAAACUUGCUAAAUAUUCAGUCAGAUAGAUAAUACGGGUAUUACAAGUUGUCAAUCACGUGACUUAAUGUCAACAAAAGGACAAAAUAAUUUUGAAAAUGCGAAGAUGUAAUUGAACAAGGAAUUAAUGCAUAAAAUGAAGAAUAUCAAAAUGAAGAACAGCUAUCGACAGAUAAGGGAUUUGUUAACUAGAUAUAAAUGGACACUGUUAAUAUUCAUUUUUAGCACAGCUAUCAUAUUCGUACACUUACAGUACGCACGUGUGUCAAAUCCAGUUUCUAAAAACAGAAUGGAAGACAUUGGUCCAAAGGGACCGGUGUUCAAAAUAAACUACUAUGAUGUAUUAUUGAAUAGUUACAUGAGGGGCGGAAGUACUUUUACUGGAACUGUUCUCGGACACAGACUUGAUACAUUUUACCUUUACGAACCCUUGUGGAAAAUUUCAAGGUGGACAUAUUGGUAUGGUAACAGCAUGGUGUGCAGAUCUGAUCGUCUAGAGUGCAGACAUGUGGAGCCAUGGAAGGCAAUACCAGACAAAUCAUUUGUAGACAACCUUAACAGGCGCCCGACUGGUUCUCUUGAGCUGGCUAAGAAUAUCUUGAGCAAAACGUACGAUUGCCAGUUCAACGACUAUGAACGUACAGUGGUUGAACCUUCGUUAACACCCACAUUAGGAGGUCCAAGCUGGAAUACAACAAGAGAAUGUAUGAAACGCAAGGUCAAUUACCAGAUAUGUUUUCAAAGACAUAUACCGAGAAGGUGUAAAGACUCUACACAUAAAGUCACAAAAGUAUUACGACUUACAACAGACCUAUUGGCGCCUGUUCUGCAGUCACGUGUAAAUCUCAAGGUCAUUCAUCUCUUUAGAGAUCCACGUGCCAUUGUUAAUUCUAGAAUUACAAGUUGGUACCCUUCAUACACGGACAAAAUGAUAAUAGAAAACGCUAAAUCAUUGUGCAAUAAAAUGCUUUACGAUUUUCGCGAAGGUCAAAAAGUGCAAAAAUUAUUCCCAGAUAGAUUCAGAUUUAUUUAUUACGAAGAUUUAAGCGUUGAUAUUUUAAACAAGUCUAAACUAUUAUAUAACUAUUUAGGUAUGAAUACAAAUGAGAAAUAUUACCCAAAUAUCAUGAAACUUUCGGCUUUUAAGAACGCGGGAUCAGGUGCAACGGAGCGAAAAAGAAAUACAGCAUUUUGGUGGAGAAAUUCUUUAAAAUGGGAAAUUGUUGAGAAAAUGGAGGAAAUAUGCAAGGAUGUUUAUAAAGAAGUUGGAUAUAAAUCCUUUCACAAUAAACAGGAAUAUGAUGACUUGUCAAUACCCAGUGUAGUCAUACCAAAAAAGUAUUUGAUCAUUUGAGGCUUUUAGUUGAUAGGAAGGCUUCGAGUAUGAAUUGCUAAGAAACUUUUAAUUACAAAUAAGAACUAUGUGUUAUUGUCCUAUAAUGCACAUUUUUUAAAUAAAUUAAAUAAUUAAAAAACAGAAAAUGUUAAUUUGAUAAUUAUUGGGCUUUGUUAUUCCAUUUUUCUGACCAAAUCUUUAUUAGAAAAGGGUCUUUCAAAAAGAAAGGCUGAACAUUUGAAAUUCAUUGUGUCUUUGGUUCUUGUUUCUACCAUUUUGCAGCACAACUUUAAAUAUUUUAUUUAAGUGCUUAUUGUUACAGCACAAUGUGUCUCAUGGUAAAACUUUUCAUAUCAGGGUCAAAAUCACCCUUGAUUGCAAUCACUCGGUUAAUUGUAUAAUGCACACUACGAGAUGAUAACAAAGGACUAAAAACUAAAUUAUUUUGCAAAUACAAUCAGUGUUUUGUGAGACAUUUUCUUAAUUAAGUCUAAAUACAAAUAUUUUGCUGUGUAUGUUUGCAAGCAAGUAGUCCAUUCAUUUGGAUCCCAACCUUUCUCAGUUGGCUUGAAACUCAAAUAAAUUUGCUAUCUCCUAUCUUUAUUACGGAAUCUUUGUAAAGGACAGCAUUACAAAGUUUCGAGAGUGACUGUGUUUUAAAGCCCGACAACUUGUCCGUUCAAAAAAACUCGAUCGAACAUGGGUUAAAGGAUAUUGUAUUAAUGCAACUCUACUACCGCGAAGCGACCAUUAAUAAUCUGGACAGAAAAUUUUUAUCACAGACUUGUCAAUUAUCGAUUCAAUUAAAAAUAGUUCUGUCUAUAAUUUUGUCUAGACAGUUAACGUAAAAAAUUGCGCCACUUUUUAAACUGUGUUGAUGUAUUGAUAACCUAUUUUCCAAUAUAACUAUUAUAUGUUUAUGCAUGUAUAUUGACCUAUGUUUAUAUGUGUUGCAUGUAUGGAAGAGGAACGUAAGUUCAAUUCCUUAAUUAUUGUUGAAAUAAACUUGUUCUGUUCUGUUCUGUUAAAAAAAUAUACAUGUAACAUAUUCCAUCUCUUUUAGUAUAUAUACAUUAAUAUCUUAUAUAACUAAAAGCUCCUGGUUCUAUAAAUUCACUUUGAAAAGAUUUAAAUUAAUUUUCAUUUUUCUCAAUCAUGAAUAGUAACUUUCCAAACACUUUUUCCUUUGCUCUUAUAUACGCUGUUAAUUAAAGGGAAAUAACAAAAAAUAUUGAAAAUUAUAAACAAUCUUAUAAAAAACCAUUUUUCAAAUCAAACACAUAUUUGAUUCAACUGUUGACUGUAUUUUUGUUCUACAUGCUAUAAUAACAAAGACUUUGUCGAAUAAGAAGAAACUCUAUAUAGCAUUUCUAGAUUGGGAGAAAAUGUUUGACCGUAUUGAUAGGGUUUUAUUGUGGAGAAAGUUACUGAAUGAAAAUAUAAGUACAAAAUUUGUUACUGCAAUCAAGUCAAUGUAUGGUAUUGUUAAAUCUUUUGUAAAAUAUAAAAACAUGCAUUCUGAUCUAAUUAAUUCUAAGAUUGGAGUGAAACAGGGAGAUCCAGCAAGUAGCAUAUUGUGUUUAUUUUUUCUCAAUGAUAUAUUAAAUAAUAUAAAUAGGAACAUUCCUGGUAUUGUUAACAUUGAUGAUAUACAGGUAUUUUUGUUGUUAUUUGCAGACGACGCUGUAGUUUUCACACAUGAUCCAAAUUCAUUACAAUCUAUCUUGAAUGAUAUAGAACAUUAUUGCAAUAUGUGGAAUCUGAAAUUAAAUGUGUCUAAAACAAAAGUAAUGAUUUUUGAAAAUGGUAGACAUACAUCUUAUGAUUUCUUUUUGUAUAACACAAGAAUUGAAAUUGUAGAAUCUUUUAAAUAUUUAGGUGUGUAUCUUUUUAAAAAUGGAAACUGGAACAGAACUCAAAAAUAUAUUGCGCAACAUGCGUCAUAUUCACUACAUAAUUUAUUUAAUGUAUGUAACCAGUUGUAACUUCCAGUUUCCCAAAUGAUAAGUUUAUUUGAUAGUAUUGUUUUACCAACAUUAAAUUAUGCUGCAGAAGUGUGGGGGCAUCAUGCUGGUCCGAACAUAGAAAUUAUACAUACAAAGUUUUGUAGAAGAGUGUUAUGUGUAAAACAAUCAACCAAUGUAGAUGUGUUAUAUGGUGAACUUGGUCGUACACCAAUGUCCAUUCAUAGAAAACUAAUAUUGAUCAAAUACUGGUUAAAACUUCUUAAACUUAACGAAAGAACUAUAUUGUAUAAAAUUUUUAUUAUGUUAAAAACAGAUGCCGACAAUGGUGUAACUUAUAGUGGUAAAAACUGGGCAUAUACUGUUAAGACUAUUUUAGAGCAGACUGGCUUGUUUUAUAUGUGGGAAAAUCAGUUUACUAUAGAUAUCGAUUUUAGUAUCAUUAAACAACGAAUUUUAGACAAUUUCUAUCAAAGUUGGUAUUCCUCAAUUAAUAACUCGUCUAGAUUAGAUACAUAUUGUUUAUUUAAACAUUCAUUCGAAUUUGAAAACUAUUUGGAUUUUAUCGUUGAACCGAAAUUUAGGGUAGCUUUAUCCAAAUUUCGUUCAUCUUCUCAUAAUUUGGCUAUUGAACGUGGACGGCAUAGAAAUAUACCAAGAAAUGAAAGAUUGUGUAGUAAUUGUAAUGCCGGUCUUAUAGAAAAUGAGUAUCAUUUUGUAUUAAUAUGUUCUAAAUUCCAGGACUUAAGAUCAAAAUAUAUAAAGAGAUAUUAUUAUACGUGGCCAACUAAACAGAAAUUUGUUAAUCUCAUAUGUGCAAAAUCAAAAGCAAUAAUUAAUAAUUUAGCAAAAUAUAUAUACUAUGCAAACUUGCGAAAUAACUAGUCAUCUUUAAUGCAGAUACAUAUAUUAUAUUAUUGUGCUCUUCUGUAAACCAUGUCUUUGUAUAAAAAAAUUGUAUUGCUAUGGAACAUGUUGUUUUAAUGCAAUAAAAUAUUUGUAGUUGUAGU